AUGCAACAGAGUUACAUAGACUUGGGAGGCUUCCUGGGCUUCCCGGCGAUCCAACAGAGUUCUAAUGAAGUUGUUGACCAGCCUAAAACCUAUGCAGCAAUGGUUAAGCCUCGUCUGCCGGAGAUUGACAGCCUGCCGUCGCCAGUUAGGGAUGGCACUUUGACGAGAAUUAAAAUUCCUCAAGCUGCUUAUGAAGCGCAGUUGGAGAAAUUACAAUACUCACUGUUGGGAAGGCUAAAUUUCAGGUUCACGACUAUGGAAAAGCUACAGGAGGCGGCACAGUCUUGGUCGUUACGAGAAGGAGUUUCACUGAAGUCCAUUGGUAGAGGGUUUGUUAUUUUCAGCUUCAACAAUGUAGAGGACAUGACGUCAAUCUGGAAGAGAAGCCCUGUUCGAAUUUCCAAAUCUACCACUGAAAUACUGGCACGAAUCAAUUCUUUAUCGAUUGCCAAAGCCGUGGGGAGACCUAUCGCCAUUGAUAAGCGAACUAGAAGCUCGCAUUAUGGCCAUUAUGCACGUGUUUGCAUUGACAUUGACAACGCUGCUUCCCGAGUGGAAGAGGUGUAUGUUGAGAGAGAGCAGGCCGGUUCAUCUGAGGUUUUUGUGUUUAAACAAGUAGUAGUUUUUGAAGAACCCACUUUGCGGUGCCCAGGUUGCAAGGGCUAUGGUCACAGGCCGGAGGUCUGCCCUAAAUGGUGA